GAAGUUUGCUGCAGUUUGUUUACAUUGAAUUACUAGUAAUUUUCAAAAGACCUUAAAACUCGAUUUUCACUCAUAUUGAGAGCUAAUUAAUCUACAAAAACCGUGCAAUAAUCAAGUUAAAGACAUAAAUAACCCAUAAUAAUAAUUAAAACAGUGAUUCUCAGUGAAUAUUAGAUAAAAUUUCAAUGACUUAUGAAGCCAGCAUUAAUGCUAUUUAAUGCUGUGCUUUACAUCUGGUCAUGUCAAAAACGUGUUUCGUGUGCUGUAAUCAAUGCUUUGAAUCAAAUGCCGAUACUCAACAUAAGUUUUAUGUGACAAACUGCUAUCAUGUAUUUUGCGCUGGAUGUUUGACAAAUAAUAGAAGUGUCUGCAAUGUUUGUAAGAAAAGAUGUAAGAUCCUUCAAAUUGACGCCAAUCUUCCAAAAGAAGUGAGAACAUUUUUCGAACCAAACGUUCACCGUCAACUUUUAAGUACAGCAGUCAAGGUCCAUGAUUUCCAGCAGAAUCAAGUAAAGAAGUAUGUUGAACGGCAUUAUUCUUGUCGCAAGAAGUAUUAUCAGUUAAAAGAGAAAAUGAAACAAAUAGUUAAUUAUAGGAAGCAGAUAAUGGACAAUGCUAAACGUGAAAAAGCUAUUAUGGACAAAUUAAAGGAUGCGUAUAGAUCCAAUAUUAUAACGCCAGAACUCUUCCAAAUGCGAUCACAAGCUGCAUCUCCGCAAGGACUUAAAACUCCUGAUGAUAUCUUAAAAACACCAGUAAAUACAAUGACUACAUCUACUCCUAGAUCUUCAUCCUCAUCUAUUUCAUUGAUAUUCCAAAAUCAAGGCUCCCAUACACAAGAUUUUCGUCACAAUUUGACUAUGUCAAAUUUUAAUCGAGAUUCUCAAAAGAAAGUUUCUCAGCGAUCGCAUUUUUCUGGUCAAAAGGAUGUAAUUAAUGAUGCUAGAAAGGGACUGAUUGCGAAUACUUUGCGAGACAUGAAUCAAUUGACACAGAAUAAGCAUCACGUUAAGCAAUCUCAACGUCAAAUGGCAAGAUUUAAGAUUUAGAUUUUGAAGAUGCAACGUCAUACUUUGUGAAAGUCAUGAAAGAAUUAUGAAUUAGAUAUUAUGCUUAUAUAGACUUUUGUGAUCAUUUGGAAGUGUAAGUCUGCUGAAUUUUAAGAAUAAUGAAUUUUUUGAUUAUAUUUUAAGUUCAUUUCUUGGAUUGUUUGUGAAAAUUGG